AUUAUUUUCAAGGUAUUUUCAGGUUAUAGUUUAUUGAAAAUUGAUAACAUUUCAAAUUUCAAUUAUUUCAUAAAUGAUUAAUGCAAAGCUACAAAAUAUUUCAACAUACUCGAAGUCUAUAUCUCACGAAAAUGGCUAAAAGUAGAUUCGAAUAUGUUAGGGAUUUUGAACUCGAUGACCGACUCUUACCCAACAGUUGGAUUGUGGUCCGCAUUGAUGGCAAGAAUUUCCACAAAUUUUCUACGAAACAUAAUUUCCAGAAGCCGAAUGAUUUAAGAGCAUUAGAAUUGAUGAACAAGGCUGCUUCGACUGUUAUGCUGGAGUUCAAAGAUAUUUCAAUUUCAUAUGGACAAAGUGAUGAAUAUUCCUUUGUCCUUCGUAAAGAUACAUCAUUGUAUAACAGAAGAAACAGUAAGAUCAUGACCUAUAUAAAUAGCCUGUUUACAUCAUCAUAUGUGUUUUUCUGGAAAGAGUUUUUUGAAGAUGUGAAACUGUCAUAUCCACCAUCAUUUGAUUCAAGAAUAGUCUUAUAUCCUACUGAUCAAAAUCUCAGAGAUUACUUGAGUUGGAGGCAAGCUGAUUGCCACAUUAAUAAUUUAUAUAAUACUACAUUUUGGGCAUUGGUAAUCAGAGGUGGUUUGACAACUGCAGAAGCAGAAAAAAGAUUAUGUGGUACAUUUUCUGCAGACAAGCAUGAAAUUUUGUUUAGUGAGUUCAAUACAAACUAUAACAAUGAGCCAGACAUUUACAAGAAAGGUACUGUUUUGUUACGAAAGAGAAUAAAAGAUCCAAAGCAUGGAAAGAGAAGACAAGUUGUGCUGCCAUUGCAUGAAGAUUUGAUUCAAGACAGCUUUUGGGAAAAAAAUCAUGAAAUAUUAUCAAUUCAGACCAGUCAACACUUUGAAUGGCCAGACACUGUACAGAUGCCUGAUUUAGUCUUGAAACAACUGAAAUUAGAUAAUGGAAGUCAUAAUCAGAGGGAACCCUGUGUUACAGAAGAUUGAUAAUACUUUCAGUUGAUUGCUGAUUAUUCAAACUUUGAGGAUUACAAGUAUCAAGUACUUAACUAGAACUGACAAUUCAAGAACCAAUCAACAUUUACUUAUGCAUGUUUGCCAAUAAAGACAUAUUUUUUACCU